GAGCACACCGCACGCGCGCCCGAAGCCCCCCCUUCCAUCUGCCACAAUUGCCAGUUUCCGCUCCACUCCGCUUCCGGUACCAGCCGGCGAUGGCCACGGCCGCAGCAGCCGCCACCGCGGCCUCUACGUCGCUCCGGCCGCCGUCUGCAUCCCAGCGACGCUUGGCGAGUGUGCCCCGUCGGUGGUGUUGGGGGAUCCCUGUGCGGUCCGCCGGGGGGAGCGCAUUCCAUGCGGAGCGGCGGAGGCGGAGCACCUUAUUAUGCGCAGCUGAUAAAGCUCCUGAAGAAUCCCUCAAGAAGACCAUUGAAGUGGAUAGGUUGAUUGAUAUGCUGAGGGAAGCAAAUCAUAGAGAGCUUGAUCAAAUUGUGGUUGAAAAUGUUCUGGCAUUCGACGCUGGUUUCUGGGUUCGGCUGGCAGCUAGAAUUGAUCUCUGCAAAUCGGAUGAUGAUAAAAAAGAUUAUGAAGAGCUGGCUGAAAAUGUAAUGAACAUUGUUGACCGGCUUGUUCACAAGACUGAUCAAAAGAUUGAACAGUCAACUGAUGUGCUGAAGGCAAUUCUUAGUCCUGUGAUGCAUGAAGGAGAUGUGAAGUGGCCACCAAGAGAUCCAGAGACAGUCAAAUUGAUGGAGAAAGAAAUAUCACGCCGAGAACAAGAAGGACAGCUCGAUGAGGGAUUUCUGUCGGAAGUUAGUGCUCAGUUGAGGCAAGCUAAACAAGAUGGAGAUAAGCCAGGCCUUCAAGCUAUGCUGCAAAAGGUGUUGCAGUUAUAUGCUUCCAAAUCUCUCCAGAAACGUAGUUACGCGUACAAAGGGGGCCAAGUUGUAGUUCCUGAAAAGUUUCUUGAAUCCAUAAUACAGGCGCCUGAGAAUGAAUGGAACAAGGUGUUGCUUGACGGACUUACAGUCGGAAAAGGAGAUGUUUCACCGGAUGAUUUUUAUGCCGUUAUUAACAAGAGAAUUGAGCGAGUCUUGAUUCGCACGGAAGGUGGUUCUUACCAGCAACGCAUACUUGUUGAGUAUCUAAAAGAGAUACAGGCUAGAGCAGAGGAAGUUGUCAAAGUGCUUCAAGGACCAACAAUUUAAAAUCUGCUGAUCCACUUUACACAUACAUGUUUUUUUGUCUGUUUGAUCAUAGUCUGAUGGGCCACGUGGCUUCAAGGGUGUUUGAUGUAGGAGCAGUUUCAGAUACGCCUGAUGCUCGGAACCUCGGACCAGAUCGCACAAGGGGAGCGCAGGAAAUGGAGAGGAGAUACAGAGCCAGAAGAAAUGCGCGAUUACAGCAAACUGCCCGUGCUCAUCUGAGUGAUGGCCCAUUUUCAGUAUGAAUUCAGCUUUCAUCUCGAAGGCCUGGGUGGUUUCUGUCGGGGCAAUGGGAUUUUGUGGGUCUUGUCUGACUUAAAAGCUUAAUAUACUACACAGGUGGGGAAGUGGAAAUCUUGAUAUCGAAGUUUCAGUGGAAUUGGUGUCCAUCUCAUUUUGAGCUACCUGAAUGCGAAUGCUUUAAUCUGU